GUUUUCUGUUUUUGCGAAAGUGCUAAAAUUAAACCAUUUGAAUUGUAGACAUCGGUUUCAAGUAUUUUCUGUAAGGAGAAGGUACCGCUGUCAUCAUGUUGUCCCUGCCUGAGUCUGUGAAGAACUCGAACUCCACCUGAGGGCGAGAUCGCCAUAGACAGGUGCUUGGCUGACGCUGUAUAACUCGCGAACUGAGCUCUGCGCUGCGUCGUGCUGUGACUGUCGAGGACCACUCAGAACCUGUUCCGUCUACACGCCACGAAGAACAAGUACUUCCGGUCCCAGAAGGGUUUGCGCCGCUGCCCUUGGGUGGUCAAGCCUACAUUGUUUUAUUCUCACAGACAGAUCGAGUCUUUGAGUCAGUCACACCGCUUGUCACCAGGUCUGAUAUCGAGCCAGGAGUUCGCGGCAACGACUUGUUGCUGUGUGUCUGUUGACAAUCACUUCGUCAUCGGCAGCGUCUUUCAUCUUCGCCGCUGAUGGAAAUCGUGAAAAGAAACUCGACACAGCUUUCACCCGAUCAGGAUUUGCACUCCGUGACCCUGAGGACUAGUCGCACGUCAUGUCGUCAGGUGCAUGUGUACUCGCCGUCCACCUUGUCUCACCUGGCGAGAUGCUCCCCCGAGCGUCUGAACCCCAGCCGCUUCUCCGACCCCCUGCACCGCGCCACCCUCCUGCGCCGGUCACUCGCCCUGACGCUGCCCCAGCGCAUGCCCAAAGCGUACUCGUGGUACCUCGACAACAGGUUUCCAUGGAAACGGGAGCACUCCAGGCCCUUGUUCGAGGACGUACCCUGCUCUUUGUUCGGCAGUCGGGGCAGCGGGCACACCUACCUGAGGCGCGUGCCCCCCAUCUACCUCAUCCCCUCGCAUGACGACCUGCAGGACAGAGGGGCGAGGCGGGAGGAAGUGUGCCUGCCGGACGGAUGGGCUGACCGCAGCAGUGACGCUUCAGGACGCUGGAGGUUGUGGGGGACGAGGUCGGACAGGACUCCGAGUCCCGACAGACUCAGUCCUUACACCGGCAGUCUGCGAUCACGGCGAAGCCUCAGCCCUGGUUUCAGUCACAGGUUCAGUCCUGUCUUUGGAGACAAGCUGCCUCCACUGAGAAGUGAUCUGCCUCCCAGUGGACUUUCCCCGAGAUCCUCACACUUGCUGCAGCUGUCUCCUAGUGGACUUUCCCCGCGAUCGUCUCGCGUCCUUCAGUGGAUCAACCGGAACUAUCCCUCCUCCACCUCCUGCACUCACUCGGGUACCCGUGCAAGCCCUAGCUCUACCAUCAGCAUCAACAGCAAGGACGACGACACGAGCAUCGGCUCGCAGACUGACGACGACUUUGUGUUCGUGUCGUGCAGUCAGCUGGUGCAGGGUCUGGCCAACCUCAGCAUUCUCUCGCACCCAGACUCGCCGCCCGCGCGCCAACAGGAAGUGUCUGGCACCCACGACCGUAAACCCCAGAGGCCCGUCUUUACCUCCAUCGUGACCACACAGCCAGCGCGGACGACGAUAUCUCGUCUGAGCUGUGUAGUGAGGACGAUGUUCUCAGCGACGACGUGUUUCUUGACGAGAUCCCAAAGUCAGUGACCCGUCCGUGUGACGACGCUGACGUGAAGUCCCGGCCUGAAGGUCAGGGGUCAGGUGCUGGGCGUGACGAGGGCAAAGCGGAUGACGAGAGCGACUGUCCGGAGGUCUGCAGUGCCUUAGCGGUAGAAGCCCUUCGCAGGAACAGCCUGCAGGGAAAGUGGCGCCGUCUGUGGCGGAACCGCAGGGUCAGGGCUGCAGAGAAACGGCAGAAACCCGGGUCUGCAAAAGCUGCACAAGACGACACAACCCUCCCCAGCUCUCAGAAUUCCCCGCAGGGUGGAAAGGGGGAUAACUCUUCUGGUUCUCGCUCCAGUCUCGCCCUCGGUGCGCUCCCUCUCGCCAAGCCGCGCGACAGUUCCCUUUCCCUCCUCGCCAGACGUCGCCCCUUGCAGUCCACAGACAGAGAAUCAGAGGACGAGCGAGGCUAUCAUUACGUCAUUUCCCCCACCGAUGACAUCAGCAUGCCGGAAGUGAUUGCUGGUGCGCAAGAGCAGCGUGGAGCUGCUCAAGUGGCAGAACUCUCUUCGCCGCAGACGGCGCCGCCAGGCCAAGCGCCACGACCUCAGUCGCAGCAAGGCGCGUGCGCCGGUCACGACCCCAGACUGUCACGACCUUGUCACGUCUACGUUGUAGAACGAUGACCCCGUUGCUGAGGUCAUUGCGGCUGUUGUUUCACACAAAACUCGCGGCUAUCAACCGUUUUGGCUCAAUGUAACUUUUUAUGUAAGUGGAUGCUAAGAAAAAGUGGACAGUCUAGUCACUAUAACUUUCAAUACGUGUAUGUGUGCAACAACAACAACAACAAUCAGCCCAAAACAAGUAGUUCUGUGGAUAUUGGUCAGAACGCCCUCAGCUGGGACUUUGUAAAUAGUAAUUAAACCUGUAAACAUUGCGGACCAUCAUUCUUACUCACAUUGUUUAAUUUAAACUGUAGCAUCAUUCUGAUCGCAGUAACCAAUUAUAACUGCCAAGCGGCGUUUUUAAAAUUCAAGUGUGUAUUUUAACAUCUUCCAUUUUAGGAAGAGAAAUAAUUAUUUUAAUGUAAUAUGAUGAAAGAAUGGAAUCGCUUUUUCUUUUAACUGUCAUUGUUGGGACCUUUCUGACGUAGAGGUGAAGACCGUUUGCAAAAUGGCUUCGUGAGUGAAUGUUUUCUAGUAAUAUUUAAUAGCGACAAUAUUUAUAAUUAUGUUUGUUUUUAUCACUUAAACCAUUCAUAACUCUUAUUAUAACGAUUGGUAAAGCUCCAGCCAGUGAAAAGAUCGAUCUUGUUAAAACAUCGAUGGCAGAUCACCUGAAGGGACGGAAGACAUCUUGUGUGGACGUCUUGUACAUGUCCUCCAGCAGCAGGUGGCGGUGAGACCUUAGAUGUUGUGACCGGGUCACCGACCUCAUGUCAGAGCGGCCUAGCCUCGCUCAGUCAGAAUGUUUUAAAGCAUCUCAAGGGAAGAAACAUUUUAUAUCAACUUUCAAUCGUCACAGCUGUAAUGGAGCUCAUCACUUUGAAAAAAACGUGUGCUCUGUGUUCUGAAAAGUUUGAUUGUGUCUGUGGCAGGUCAGGACAGAUUGUUUGUAAAUAAUGUAUACUGUAUGGGGACGGCUUGGCUGUGGUGUACAUGCAUGUUUGUGUAGGUGUAUUGCACAUCCCCAAUGCUCUCCUGUCCCAUGUGAACUGUUGACACUGUGAGCCAGGGCUCAGGUGCAGACAUGGAUGGUUCCCACGGGACCUCGACAAUGCUUUCUGUUUCGGAUGACUCCUUCAGCCUGUUCCUCCAUGCAGAUCUCUCCCGAAAGAUUAUAUCACUGCUUUCCAUGCUUUAAGCUCAUUUAAAAUUCACAAGAUCUCGUGGAUUUUAUUUUAUUUUACUUUAUUUUAUUUUAUUUUUCAAACGGGCAUUUACAAUCCUGCAGGCUAUAAGAAAUGUAUUAUUUAAAGAUUCGUUAUGACUUUAAGAACCUUCCAGGCCCCGCGCUGUCUUCCUAUUCACUGGUAAUCCAUUAUUGAUAUUCUUUUGUGGCGACUGAAAUAUUCCACGUGAAUAAAGUAAACAAACAUUGAUGCUUGUUGUGCUUGUGUUCAGACGUUGUGCUAUGGAGAAGGCCGUUAAGGCUGUUACCAGGGAAACGUGCCGAAGCGUCAAACGAAAGUUGUCCCGAGUUUAAUAAGAUGUGCAAAAUACAUAAUCUGCCAGAACCAAACAAGACCAAUGAAAAUUAAAGUUUAGCAGUAGCGUAUAAUAAGAUAAUAAAUUACUGUGAGAUAAUAAAUUACUGUAUUGGUGAAGA